AUGUCGGCACCCGAGACGGCCCUGGGAGACCCGAACGAUCCCCAUACACUUCUGACAGCCGUUUUCCACUACUACUGCCGCUUUGGGAGGACUGGAGCCAAAGGUGUUGGUGAAAAAACGCUGGACAACGCCAACUUUGUCAAGCUCUGCCGCGACUGUCCUCACCUACUCGGCAAUACCUUGAGCAACACCGACGUGGACCUCAUCUUCGUCAAGUGCAAGAAAAAGGGUGAGCGCCGUCUCACCUACGCGCGUUUUCUCAAUGCUAUGGGAAUGAUUGCAGGCCACAAGUACAGCAACAUGCCCCUCAAUACGUCGAUGGCCAAGCUGCUCGAAGCGCACCUCGCCUUCCUACCGUGUCUGCUCGAGAUCACGGACGGCAAAAUGGUUCAAGCUGUGUGGCGCAAACGAGCGGAACAGACCGAGUCGGUCAUACCCACAAUGCCACCUUCGACUUGCGCUUCCAAGAGUACAACCUCAACUGCCGUGCAACGCAAAUAA